AUGAAGCUGAACGAAGAGGAGUUGGUGCUGUGCCGAAAGGCGUUCCAGAGCUUCGAUAAGGACGGCAGCGGAACCAUCGAUGUCAAGGAGCUCAAGGCAGCACUCAGCUCCAUGGGCCAGGAGAUGAGCGAUGAAGAGCUCUUUGUCAUGAUCCACGACGUCGAUGAGGACAACAGUGGCGAGAUAGAGUUUUCAGAGUUCUGCAAGGUGAUCUUGAAGCACAAGGCGGCUGCAUCGGACAAGGAAGGCGCAGAGGCCGACACCCUUGACGCGUUUGUGGCGCUUGGUGGCAACCCGGACAGGAGCGGCAAGGUGUCAACUGAGAAGCUCCGUGCCACCAUCAAGGCAUUUGAGCUCACAUUGGACGUCGACCGCCUCAUAAAAGAGGUCGACCUGGACCGCAGCGGCUUCCUGGACUUCAAGGAGUUUGCCGCCAUCCUCAAGGGAUGA